GAGAGAGAAAGAAAGAAAGAAAUAGAGAGUAGGAAAAGAGGACAACACACACAGAAAAACCAAGAGAGAGAAAGUGAAGACUUAGAGAGAGAAGAGGAAGAAGAAGAAGAAACGAAGGGUAAAGGAAAGCAAAGAUCUUUCGAUUUUUUUGAUUUUUGGAAGAUCUGAAGAGAAGAAGUCAUCGAUUUCGCCGGAGUUGUUGAUUUCAUCGGAGGAAUUUCCGCCAUUUUUUCCGGCGAAAUUUGGUUGAGGAAAAAGUGAAAAGCUAAGAGAUAUGAGAUUGGUCACUUGUUAUCUCUCUGAGUAAGGAAGAUGAUGGAUAGGAAUAGAGAAGCAAGAAGAGCGGCGGCGAUGACUAAUGGCUUGCCUAGAAGAAGGCAUAGAACCACUACUGGCGGCGGUAGUUUAAGGGAGUCUCCAGAGGACGAUGGUCCGCUGGAAUUGCAGGAGACGGCGGCGAGAUUAAGAGAUCGAACGGUUAAGAAGGAUAGAGAUCGGGAGAUUAGAGACCGAGACCGGGACAGAGACCGUGACAGAGAUAGGGAGAGGGAGCGAGAUAGAUUGAGGAGUAAACGACGGCGAGGGGAUAAGUAUAUGCACGGGAGUAAUAGAGAAGACGGCGGCGGAGUUGGUGGUGGUGGUGCUGGUGGAGUAGAUGAUAGCUCAGAAGAAAGCGUAAAUGAUGAGGAUGAUGAUGAUGGUCCAGUUCGAUACGUUCCGCCAUCGAAUCCGGUUCCUAUUUCAUCGACAUCGGGGGCAUCUACUCUUACCAGUCACCGGAAAAGUUUUCCGCCGCCAUCCAGGGUUCUUCCUACGUGGAAGGCUCCGGAUGAAAUGAUCGGAGUUUCUAUCCCCCGGAAAGCUCGCUCUGCUUCAACGAAGAGAGGUCAUGAUUGUUGGAGUUCAGCUGGUGGUGUAGGAGGAAGCGGAGAGCAAAUAAGCCGACAGCCGUCAUCGUCACCGGUAAGGUCAACUAUGACAGCAACACCGUCGCCCGCGGUGGCGGCACUACCAACUCCGUUACAAGCACAACAACCAAUGUCACCGUCGUCAUCGAAUAUUUCAAUAAAGAAGAAAAUUAAGGCGGCUAAUGGACCGAAACAACAACGGCCACCAAAAUCGUCUUCGAAAUCGUCGCCGUCAACACAAGACGCCAUUGAAAUUGAGGUCGCUGAAGUUCUAUAUGGGCUGAUGAAGCAAUCUCAAGCCCCAUCAAAGCAAGACGGUGGGAUGAUAAUUGAUUCAGCUAAAAUGGAUUCUAGAUCUAUUACUGAUUCUAAAUCCAGAGUUUCAUCUCCUGUUACAAAUUCCCCUUCAAUUCAUCAUCUUACUAAUUGUUCCAAUCCUUCUACUUCAUCUUCAACUGCCCCUCCUUUAACCACCGUUGCUCCAAAGCGAAAGCGGCCGAGGCCAUACCCGGAAGAUAUCCCCACCGGUUUCGGCCCUCGCAGCAGCCCCAUUUCAUCGACCCCAAAACCAGAAUCAGAUCAAGCACCAAAGCUAGAAGCGGCGUCAUCAAGCAUGGACAAGAACAACAUAGGAUCCGCCAUCGAAAAUGGGGGCGAUUCGACGAAUUUACAAGAUCUCACAGCCGAGACGCCGCUAUCGUCGUCGGCGGAAGCCGUUAACAAUGGUAUCCUAUCAGAUGCAAAGCAAGGUAUGGUGGAAGAAUCAUCAACUGGGAUAAGAAAUGGGAUGAUGGUGAGAGCAGCUAAAGUAGAGGAAGCUUCGUCAUCUUCACCAAAGUUGGAAUCUCCUCAUACUCAAAAUCAUGAUCGUGUUGAAUCCUCCACCACUAAUUCCACUAAACCAAAUUCAUCCUUCGUUGAACAAGAUAAUCACAGAGAAGAUAAAUAUGAGAUAGAUCUCAUGGCGCCACCACCGCAAUCAAGAACAUCACCGGAAAGGGAGGAGGAGAUGGCGGAGUACGGAGGAGGAGAUGAAAAGUUGAUGGUCACGGAAAGGGAGGCGGAAGCAAAGCCGUGUACAAAGCCGAAAGAGGAGGAUGAUGAAAAGGUUGUUAAAAGUAGAGAUGCUGCUAGUGGUAGUGGUUUUGGUGGUGGUGGGGCGGAAUUGAAUAAGAAUGAUGCCGUGGCAGCAGGGUCGGACGGGUUGUCCAUGGGCCGAAAGCCGAGGUUGGCGUCGUCGCAACCAGUGCCGCAGCAGCUGAAUCUGAAUAGCAAGGAUAUUCAGUUUGAUUUGGAGAAGUGUGGUAGUAGUGUGAACGAGGACAAGUUGAAUUUUCAAAAGCAGCAGCCUACACCGCCCAAAACCACCAGGGAUGAUGCUAAUACAGACAAACCUGGAGGGCAAUUGGGUUCAGCGCCGCUGCCAAUGUCAGUACCUGGAGGAUGGCAUGGAGGGCUUCCACCCAUGGGAUAUGUGGGACCAUUGCAAGGAGUUGUUUCAAUGGAUGGGACCCCAAUGGCUUCUCCACCAAUUCAGUCCCCUCAUUUUCUGUUCUCACAACCAAGGCCAAAGAGAUGUGCCACACAUUGCUACAUUGCAAGGAGUAUAUCAGUUCAUCAGCAGAUGAUGAAGAUGAACCCGUUCUGGCCGGCCGCAGCAGCGACUGCGGUUGCUGGGACUUCUCCUCUCUUUGGUGCCAAGCCUUACAACUUGAAUAUGGUGCCCCCAGCUGAUUUGGCUGCUGCUGCUGGGAGAGGUAUGGUGGUCAGUUCUUCACAGGACAAUAAAGGCCAGCCUUUUACUUUCUUCCCUGGUCAGUCUGCUUCUUCGACAAAGGAUAAGUCUCCUCAGCCCCCCAAUGCCCCUGAUUCUGCUCAGAAAAAGCAGUAUAUGCUUCAGCCUGCAUUGCCCCCUGGUGCUCCCAGUAAUAUGAUGCAUGGCCCUGCAUUGUUCUUUCCAAUGGGCCAACAACAGGCGGCAGUGGCAAAUGCACGUCCAAACUCCACAAAAUCGCCAUCAACAGGCGUGAAUGCAGCUUCUGCUAGCGCAGCUACUUCAUCUCCUAUGGGUGCUGCUCCUCCAACUAAUUCAAAUGCUGGGCCUGCAAUGAGCUUUAGUUACCCAAACAUGGGUGGGAAUGAGGCUCAGUUUAUGGCAAUUCUAGGGAAUAGGCCGUAUCCUUUCCCAAUUCCUGCACAUGUUGGAGCAGCGCCUCCUUAUAGGGGAUCUCAUCCACAACCAAUGUCGUUCUACAACGGCUCUUUCUACUCUUCACAAAUGCUUCAUCCUUCACAAAUGCAACAACAGCAAGCUGUACAGCCAUCUCAGUCCAUGCAAAUCCAACAGCAAAAUCAGCAAAAUGCUAGUCUCUCCACCGCUUCCUCAUCCUCCCAGAAGCAUUUGCAAAAUCAACAGCAGCGGCCCCAGGGAAGCAGUGCGCCUGGUGCUGGGAACCCGAAUCAAGGCUUGCAGAUUCAAGCAGCCAAAGGUCGGAUGUCGCAAACUCAUCCUGAUAUGGGUGGUGAGGAUAGCCCAUCAACUGCUGAUAGUCGUAACAGGCCAAACAUGAAUGUUUAUGGCCAGAACUUUGCAAUGCCCUUCCAUUCGCCCAACUUUGCAAUGAUGACCCCACCUUCUUCAAUGGGAAGCAAUGCUGCCGGUGUUCCCAAUGGUAAUCUUGGUGAUAAAAAGCAGCAACCACCCCAGCAGCCUCCUGCUUUUCCCAUGUCUUUUGCUACUAUGAAUGGUGCUGCAACUCCUGGCCUUGAUAUGUCAUCAAUAGCGCACAAUCAUGCUCUUAUGCAGAGUCUUCCAGAAGCUGCCAGACAGAACUAUCAAAUUAUGGCUGCUGCAGCUGCAGCCCAAGCAGCACAGCAGAAGAAGAAUAAUUAUCGUGGUCCUGAGGAUGGAAAAACUGGAGCAAAUGCUGCCACUGAUCCUUCUAAUGCCGAUGAAGAAAGGAAGGCCGUGGCUGCAAGAGCUUCUGCAGCGUCAGCUGGCCAGUCCAUUGCUUUUUCGAGGGAGUUUGCCGAGAAUUCUAUGGCAACAAUGCCCGGGAACAAUGUUGUUGAUACCUCAGCUCGAAGCCUAAAUAUGAUGCAUGGGUCAUCCGGUCGCCCAACUCGUUCUCCUGGACCUAAUUCUGUGAGCAAUUCUAGUGUUUCAAAUCCUCAGCAACAGCAGCAGCAGCAACAACAACACCAACAACAACAACAACAAAUGCUCUUUCCUAAACAGCAGCAAUAUGUAGCUCCUAGUGCUGGCAGUGGCCGUAGCAAGACUCCCACUAGUAAUGGAAAUGUCUAUCCUGAUCAUCUCAAUUCAUCAUCUAUCAUGGCUGCCAAGUUUCCCAACUCUUUAUCUGGUUUUCCACCUCUUGUACAGACAAGUGGUGGCUCUGUUCAGUCUCAACAGUGGAAGAACUCUGUGAGGCCGAACACGCCCCAAGUAUCUUCACCAUCUGUUGCUACGUCAACUGCUUCUAACAUGAAGAACCUUCCCCAGCAGCAGCAGCAGCAAGGAAGGUCCCAACAAAACCACACACAAAUCUCUUUUGGAGCCAAUGCUGGUAACUCUAAAACAUCCUCUACAUCACAAGGGCAGCAAAACCAGCAUAAUAACCAAGGCCCUUCUUCGCCAAUGAUGGUUGGGUCCCCCUCAAACUCCUCGGUAUCGAAGGGUGCUAGUGGGAGCCCAAGGACAACUGCUAGUGCUUCCACUGGGAACAAAGCGGGGGCCCAAGGGGCAACAUUUUCAUCGCAGCAGGGGAAGAACUCACAGUCUCCAUCUUUAAGCAGCCAAAAGCCAUCCAUCCUUGGCAGUCCCCAUAUUAUGUCUAGCUCAAGCAACAAGCCCCAGAUGCAACAGUCUCAGCAGCAGCCUCAAUUGUCGAAGCAAAGUAUUCAGCAAGCUCAAUUGUUCUUUUCAAAUGCUUACAUGCAGGCUUCUGUUAAUACUUCUGCUGCUAUGGCUAAUAGUGGGUAUUAUAUUCAAAGGCAUAGGCCUGAUAGUCAGCAGCAUCAGCAUCAGCAGCAACAGCAACAACAUCACCAUCACCACCACCACCACCAGCAACAAGGAUCAAAAUCUCAAGGUUCAGGACCCCCUACUUCAUCGAGUGGAAUGUUGUCGUUAUGUACUCCAGCUUCUCUUGCUAAUACAAGCACGUCUGAUCCAGCAAAAGCUGUGGCAGCGGCUGCAUUUGCUAACAAUAUGAAGGGUGGUUUGCCAUCACAGGGGAUGUAUCAUGCUGCUCAGUUUGCUGCUCAGUCUGCUGGGGGUGCCCAUCAGUUGAUGCCUGCAGGCUUUCCGUAUGUUCAUGCUGUUUCCACAGCAGUCCAGGUGAAACCAUCUGAGCAGAAGCAGCCUGCUGGUGAGUAAAAUUUAUGCGCUUUUGGUGCUUAAAUUUGCCAUGUCACCAAAUUAUUUUUGUAAGAACGAACAAAGAGUCUUGAAUAAAGCUUUGAACAAGGGGGGGAACUGUGAAUUUACAAAGGAAUUUUGUGGGAGUCUCCAGCACAUGCGAAAUGACAAUUUGAAUGCAUGCUGGCAGCCUAAGAAGAAAUAACAGGAAGAAGAAGAUGAUGAUGAUAUCGAUGUUGCUUUAAUGGAACCUGCAACAAUUGAAAUUUUGCACUCGGAAAGAAGUGGCUGAAAGGUGAUCCUUGCAAAUUGCAAUGGUGUUCUGGCGGCAAUGCGAUAGUGAUGUCGGUCGAUAUAGACAGUGGGUGGUUGGUUAAAUGGAGGGAGCUGUAGAUUGGAUGUCAUGGCCCUCUCCAUUUUUGUAAACAGUGAAAGAGAAGGUGGUAAGGUACUUUGUUAGGGAGUUAGGAAGAAAUGGAAAAAAAUGUCAUAUAAUUUCCCUGUCAUCAUGUGAAUCCUAUUUUGACGGGCUACAAUAGUUUGAUGUAAGAACAAAAUUUCCUUACUUCACUUGCUUAAGAAAAAGAAAGAUUUUGGUCCCUUUUUUCUUUCUUGUUUUUUAUAUUGAUUUUUUGAAUUUGUUACUACUUGCUAGGAAAAUACUUUAUUAUAUGAAGUAGGAAAGGUGUAUAAUGUAUAGUCAGUCAAUCAUCUAGCUCAGCAUCAUAAUUCAUAAAUGUAAAUCUCAUCAAAAAAAAAAAUUAAAAAAAAAAAGAAAAAGAAAGAUAUGCAUGGUAUUUUGCGGUCCAAAUGUACAAAUGAUAAUGUUGUUAUAUAUUUUUAA